GAAAAAAUUGCAGACCAUGUAUUAGUCUUCAUUAGAGAUGAAAACUCCCAGGAAAGUUUCCAUCUAUAAGGAAAGAUUCCUGAAAAAUUCCAUAGCUUCCGGAAGUUUUGGAAGUUUAUAAAAAAUAUUAUAAUAUCACUGAAUUAUAGCAUUAUUUCCCUUUUUUAAUUUUAUUAUUAUAAAUGGAGUAGGUACUAAUAGAAAUAUAAAAUAGUUGCGGAAAUACAUUCAGAGAGCAAGCGCAAGUACUAACUUGUUCGCGGGCGGGGGACAAUAUUUUGGCGGGGGGAGGUGAGUGCCACUGCGCCGGCCGCCGAGAUACGUCGUCCCGCUAGUAUUGCUCAUACGUCACUCGAAGCCGCGCGCCUGCGUCAUUGCUGGAUCGUUUUGUUUGUAAGGGCAGCAGAGUCUUGCUUUUUUCUGUUAUAUAUAGUAUAGCAGUGCAGUGUGUAAUAAUAAGUGCAAGUUUAAUUAAAUAAAUGAACUGUAAAAAUGCCUCGGAAAACCGGAAAGGUUUGGGAUUAUUUUGAAUUGAUAAAUACGGAUGGCAAAAAAACCGCUAGGUGCAAUUUUUGUCGAAAACAUUUUGGAACCAAUGCAACAAAGUUAAAAAAUCAUUGUUUGAGUGCUUGUAAACAGUGUCCGGAAGAUAUUAAAACAAUUUUACAAGACAAGCCCAUUGAAAUAUCACCAUCUUCUGUGGGUAGUUCAACAUCAACACAGUUCCAGCAUGUUUUGUCCACAAUUCCUGUAUCUACGCCGAGUCCUUUAGGAAGAGAAAACUCAUUACAGUCAUUAGCUUCUUCUCAUGAGUCAAAUGAACAACCACAAAAUUCAAUUACGCCAAAUCAAAAAAGAGAAAUAGAUCUUAGUUUUGCUCGUGCAAUUUAUGCUACUGGUACGCCAUUAAAUAUUUUAGAAUCCAGUUUGUGGCAAAAGGCAAUAAAUGCUUUGAAUCCAGCUUACUCAGUCCCUACAAGGUACAUGAUAAGCAAUAGUCUGUUAAAUGCUGAAUAUGAACGCGUGCAAAAAGAAACAUCUGAUAUCAUUAAUCAAGCAGAAGCCCUGACAAUUGUGAUGGACGGCUGGACAGACAUAAAUGGUAAGGGUACCGUUAAUUUUAUAAUAACGACCCCAAAGCCAUUUUUUUACAAGUGUGUAUACCCUGGUACAAAUCGCGAGACUGCAACGUAUUUAUUUACACAAUUAAAAACUAUUAUUGAUGAAAUUGGUCCAUCUAAAUUUGUAGCACUUGUGACUGACAAUACGAAUAGUAUGAAAGCCACGUGGAGAAUGAUCGAGACCGAGUAUAUGCACGUCUUCGCGAUAGGUUGUGCAUCACACACUUUAAGUUUGCUCUUAAAGGAUAUCAUGAAGCUUGAAAACUUUAAAGCAUGCUGUGAUUUGAUUACUAAAAUCAUAAAAUACAUAAAAAAGAGGCACGUAGAAUCAGCGUAUUUUGAAAAGAUGCAAAAAGAAAAAUAUGAAAAUAAUUCGAAGACUUUAAAGUUACCAAGCCCAACACGAUGGGGAGGUUUUGUAAUAAUGAUGGAAUCCUUUCUUAGUAACCGAGAGGCUCUCGAAGCGACAAUGAUUUGUCAAGAUUUAAGCAUUAAUCGAGAAAUUAAGCAACAUGUGCUUACGGAAGACAUUUGGAUCAAGGUCAAUGCAUACCACAAUAUCUUAAAGCCCAUCCUUGUGGCAACUACUAAACUAGAAUCAGACGCUGCAGUUAUAUCUGAAGUACCCCAAAUGCUUGAUUAUGUUAAAGAAAUUAUGUCUAGCGCUCUAAGUACUUGCGAAGUCGUAACAGAAGAAGAGGAACGGUACAUUAUUGGAGCUAUUGGGAAAAGGCAGCAUUUCGUUGAGAAGCCCAUUCAUUUUGCGGCCAACAUUUUAGACCCCAGAUUUAGAGGGCUUAAGCUGACACCUGAAAAAGUUGCGAAAGGGCAAGAAUUCAUUAACCAAUACGCCGGAAUACUUCAAAAAAAUACUGCUAAGAUCAUGGCAAACUUAGCUGAAUACCGCGCAAAAAGUGGUUUUUACAGUCAAACUGGUAUUUGGACUACUGUUGAUCAUAUUGAACCAAGAACUUGGUGGAGAGGUCUCUGUAACUGCCAAAUUCUAUCAUCCGUUGCCAGAAAAUUGUUAUCUAUACCUCCAUCUUCAGCGUCUACCGAACGAAAUUGGUCCCUUUUUGGAAAUACACUGACUCGUUGUAGAAAUAGAAUUACAACUGAAAGACUGCAGAAGCUGAUUACAGUGCGAGCCAAUAUAAGAUUGUUAUCCGAUAACCCAAACGAAAAUGUUUAUUUUGCUGAUGAGGAGGAAGAAUAUAUCAGUGAUUUAGAGGAAGAAGAAAUUGAUGAAGACAUAGAAGAAAUUAGCUACCAAGAGCCAGAAGCAAGCUUAUCUAAUUUUAAUGUGUCAGAAUCAGAGAAUCCAGAGUGAAUUGAUCCUACACAAGAUCCAUUGAUUAGAUUUUAGUAGAAUUACUAAUGAUAAAAACUUAAAUAAAUGUUUCGAUUAUUUAAUUAGUAUUUUUAUUACUUUACGUUCCUUAAAUUAUUUCGUAUUUAACAAAGAUUGCAUCUAUUAUGCAUUUCAAGUCAUUGUGGUUACCUAAAAUAAAAAAACGUUGCUUUUUUUCAAGAAUGUUAUAUUUUUGAUAACUUCCAAAAUUCCCUUGUUUUGGAAACUUUCCAGAAUAAUUCCGGAAUUUUACCUGGAAAACUUCCAAAGUUUCAGAAACAUUCCGAAAUUUUCAUCUCUAGUCUUC